AUGAAUCAAAAGCUUAAAUAAAAAAUUUAGAUUUCUGCUCCUAGGCCAUUAAAUUAAGAUACAUAGUCAUCGCAGAUUAGGUCUUAACAGUAAAGUCAGGAAUAGCAGUCAUAGCAGUUGAGAGCAGCGACUUAACCUGCAUUCAAUUUUAGUUAAGUUCCCAAAUAGUUUACAGCAAGCUAAUAUAACUAGCAAAAUGUUUAACAAUAGAAUAAUUAAAUCUAAAGUGGAUUCAACUUUUAGGGAAUUAAUAUUACAAAUUCUAGUCCUAUAACUUAAUAAAUUCAAUAGUCUGGUAUUAGAAAUUAAAAAAUAGAAAAUAUUCCCAUCAAUAGCAACUCAUAAAUUUAAAGCAACUAAAUCUAGCCACCCUAUGCAAACUAAGGCAGUUAACUUUCUUAAUUUAACAAUGUUCAAUCUUAAAAUGUAGUAGAAAAUUAAGGCUAUGUGUAACAACCUAUUUUGAAUGCAGUUUAAUUCUAAAAUCCUUCUGCUAACUAAAAUAUUGAAAAUAACCGCAUUUAUAAUUAUGAUACUGCAUAAUUAGUUGUUCCUAAAUUUAAAAACACUAUUCUUGAGGAAUUUGAGCUCGCUCUUGCUUGUAAAGAUAAGAGUGAAGCUUAGCAAUACUUUAGGUCAAAUAUUUAAAGUUUAAACUCUUGUUCAUUCGAUAGUCAACCAAAUAUUUUUGAUUUACCUAAAGUGAUAGAAAGAACUAAAAUAUUUUGUUAGAAAAAUUAAAAUUUAGCUAAAAAGCUGAAAUAAACAAUGGAAAAUCUUCUUAUGUAUGAUAACAAAACAAAUCAUGAGGCCUGUUUUGAUAGAUUUUGUUAAUUAAACAAUGUUCCUCCCAAUAUUUAGAAUUUUAGUAAUGUGCAGUAAGAAUUAAGCCCCUACUAAUAAUAAUAGAUUCAAGUAUCAGUACCCUUUGAUGCUAAUAUUCUUUAGCAGGAAAUAUAAUAUUUAGCUAAACUGAAUACAAUUUAUUAGCUAUUUGAUUCACAUACGAAAGGAUAUUUCAAGAGUGCUGUUUAAAUCGAAGUCAAGUCCCUACCAAUUUACUCCAUAUUUCUAUAUAAUUUCUUAAUCAAAUAAAGAGUUUUUCAUAUCACUGUAGAAUAUUAAGACUACUACUUUUUUGAAUCUAUAACUCAAUAAAAAAAUUAAAUAGAGAAUGAAAAGUUUUUAGCUCUUUUGCUUUAUGCAUUCAAGUGUGAACAAAGACUCUUUUCUUUAGUUUACUCUGACUCAAAUUGCACUGUUGAUAAAUACAUAGAUUUUGAUGCAAUUUCUCAAUUCUUUCAAAACUAUAAUUUUCAAAAUUUCGUGACUAUGCAAAUUUAGAUAGGAAACCCACCUGAUUACACUAAAAGACCCUUGGACAAAUAUUAGGAGUUAUUAUAGCACUAUGAAAAAGGAUGCAAAAGCUAAAUUUUUAAUUUCAUCAUUGAUGGAAAGUGGCCUGAAAACUCAUUUUAGAAGAAUUUCGAUGAUCAGGUGAAUGUUCUAAGAUAAUUUUAGCUUUGGCUAAUAUGGAUGAGAUAAAUGUAAGAAAAAAUAAUAGAUUUCUAGCUAUUCAUUCGCGCAAAGGUUAAAUAAGGUAGUAUGGAUUCAGUAAAUAAAGAAUUUUCUCUGUAUUUUAGCUAAAAAUUAAAAUAAUUUUAUUUGGAUAUUGAAAAUUCAAUUUAUUCAAAUCUUUCCAAAUCUCUUUACUGCAUUUCGCAUAAUGUAGUUAGUUAAGAGAAAGCAAAAAUAGGUUCUCAAGUAAAGUAGAUUAUCUAUUCUAUGCAAGAUCAAAGCAAGAUUAUGACUGGUAACAUUAUUUGUAAGAGAAAUAUGGAUAGUUGCUGCUUUUACUUUAAAGAUGUGAAGGAUUAGCAAAUUAAAAAAGUACUAGUUACUAUAAUCCCUCCUCAAUAGUUAGCAUAAUAGAGAUAAAUAUCUUGUCAGAGUGACUUCUCAAUGAGGCUUACAACUUAAGUGGAUAGAACCUACUAAAUAUAUGUAACUGACUAAAGAAAUCUAAAUGCUUAGCUUUAAUAAUGUGGCAAAUUCUAUGACACGCUGCUCAUUAAUUAGUUAAUACAAUUAACACGAAAGAAUGAAUUACAUUAGGAUAUUGAAUUGGGGUUACUUCUGUCCCAAAUUCGAUGA